ACUGCUUGGUGCUCGGUGCACGACUGCAAGUCCGGCGCCAGUAGCCCAGGCUGUGGGGACCCUGGCAGCAGCCCUGCCGUCACCGGCGGCCCUGGCUCGACACGACCGCGCAUCGCCCGUCCAGCAUCCCCACCACCGCGCUCGCUGCCUGGUAGCGACUGCAGCAAUCGCCGACUCGCCCGCCGCUCCUUCGCCCGCCCGCCCUGCGCGACCGCACGUCUCGCCCAUCGCAUCCCCACGUCAGCGCGCGGAAGGCUGCCUGCCUCACUGCCCACAGCCCGUCCGCUUGGCGCUCACCCUCGCCCUCGAGCGCAGUCUCCGCCGACUGCAGCACACGGCGCCCGCCCAUGCGGCGCCUGUCCACGCCCCAGGCCUGCGCUGCUUCAUGCUAGAGAAGGCGACAUGGCGGCUUUUGUCCGGGUGUCGGGCCCGCCCAAUUCCAACUUCCUGGUCGGCUACCCAGGCAUAUCAGCCACCCUGCCGCGCAUAGAGGGCCGCGUCGAGAUCCGCCCGCUGGUGGGUGUCUCUGCGCCCGUCAACGUCUCGCUCGUCACCAUUGCCCUGCACCGCCGCGAGACCAUCCACCCGUCCGCCGACAGCGUCACCAAGAAGCACCUCGCCGCCCCGCGCAAGGACAUCACCGACCUGGUCGGCAAGGAGAUGCUGCUGUUCCGCUGCUCUUCCGGCCGCGAGCACGAGAGCAUCCUGUCCAUGGACCUGCCCUUCGUCAUCUUCAUACCCUACGGCCGCGGCGGCGAGGAGGUGGCGCGCCGCGUCCCGCCUGCCAGCCUGCAGCUGCCCUCGCGCACCGCAGAGACCUUCUACGAACUCGUCGUCACUGUCCAGCAGGGCCACCAGGAGCAGAAGAAGUACGCCUUCCCCGUCCCCAUCCAGCGCUACGACACACUGUCCACCUUUGGCAUGUACAAUCGCCCCGAGAGCGCCGAGCGCGUCACAGACCAUCUCGUCACGCUUGGCAUAAGUCUCCCGCGGUGGAGCUACGGGCCGCUCGACCCAGUCUCGGUCUACAUUAAGCUUUCGCCGAACCCAGACUGGCUAUCAAAAGCAAAAAAGGUCACGAUAAAACAAAUCACAGUGGGCAUAGACGAAGAGAUCAUAUUCAACCACGAGGGCGACGAGCCAACACGAAAAGUCAAGACGUUGGCCAAGACUGCACAAGCAGUCGGCGUCAAGAUGCCGGAGGCAGGCUACUUUACGAAUCUGGGGCUGGUGUUUCCUGCGAAGGAUUUGAGGGACAACGACGGCAUAAUACCAAGAGGCAGGAAGGAGUUUCCCAUGUACGCGGUCAAUGGCUUCACAACGACGGGGACGCUCUAUAAGAUUGAGUACUACCUCACAGUCAAGGCCCAGAUGAGCUCCGCGCGAGACAUUCUACUACGGCAACCCAUCGUGGUGUGUCCUUUCGACCACGCCGGAUGCAAAGAGGAGAUGGAAGCCAUUGAACAGGCAGCGAAAGACGCUGCACACGUGGCGCCAGAUAACCCAAUGUUACCAGCGAGUCACAUUGUCAGGGCGAAUGAUCCCAACGGGCUGGCCGCGCUAGGAAUUGCGAUUGUUGGUGGUGUACGGAAGCCCCUGAUCGAAUGAGCGGCCCUUACAGACUUGUUGUUUGCACCAACAAGGACACCUUGACCACCUGUACCACAGGCAGGUUGUCCAAUUAGGACCAUCGACAACGUCGAUACGGUCGCCAGCAGGCCCGAGCAGCGCAGAGCUUUAUUCACGAGCAACAAAGGCACCUCAGGCACGAACCUUGAGAUGAGCACACGACGAUUACCGCACUCGA